AUGGCUCUUCUCUCUAGAUGUGCUUCCAUAAAAUCAGUGCGUGUUGGAGAUGGUGAAUCUUCCGGCCGGCUGAAGAAGAAGAAGAUGAUCAGAAAAGAGAUGAAUUCGUACGAUGAGAGUAGUAAUUGUAGCUUUACAUUACUAACAGUAUGGAGGAAAUCACUCGUAUUUAGCUGUCAUGGAUUUACAGUUUUUGAUUCCAUUGGAAAUCUUGUCUAUCGAGUUGAUAACUACAGGGGUGAUCGCACUGAAGAUAUCGUUCUCAUGGAUGCCCGUGGGAAACCCCACCAUACCCUGCAUCGAGAAGCAGAGGACAGAGAUGGGAAACCGAAGAAGCCCAUCUAUUGUGGAAGAAAGAACAGAAAUCUGUUGCAGCAAAGAAGCCCAAAUGUAUUGGCUUAUGUGUUUGGAGAGUCGGAUGGUAAAAUGGAGAAGAAGGGAUUUGGAUUAGUGAUACAAGGAAGUUACGAGAGAAGAUCAUGUGAAGUGAUAGAUGAUGAAUCAGGAGAGGUAGUUGCAGAGAUUAAGAAGAAAGAUGCAAACAUUAAAGGCAUCUCUUUUGGGCUUGAUGUUUUUCACUUGAUCGUUCGACCAGGUUUCAAUCCUGCUUUUGCCAUGUCCCUGGUUUUACUUCUCGAUCAAUCAUACGCUAGUUUACACUAUGCAGCUAUCCCCUGA